CUCAUCUUGAUCUGCAAACAACGAGUUUGGCCGCUGCGUUGAGCGGAGUCGGCCACGAGCCGAUGGAUUCGUGUUUUCUAAUCUCGAGGUGGAUGGUAUAAGACCUGCGUGUUUACCUGGACUUGUCAAUUGUUCGUCAGGCAUAUAUCCGCAACACAUUUCAGACCAUCCUACCAUCCUACCAUCUUCCUUCCCCUGGAUCAAUUCGUAUCACUGCAACAUGGGUGAAGCAGACAGAAUUGGGCCAGACAUGCGCCCCAAACAGACAUUGGCCGACCACGUCAAUCGUGUGCGAAAGACAUUCUUCACUAAACAAGGCCUUGUCGGCAGCUACGACUAUGCAUUCCUCUUCCGACCGAACAUCCCAUUCCUCAAGAAACCUCGCCGGGCUUCUCCUUUCUUCGGCCUCAAUGACACCAUGCCCGUCGUUCUGGCAAUGCUGCUAGGCUUCCAGCAUGCCUUGGCCAUGCUGGCCGGUAUCAUCACCCCUCCACUCAUUAUGGCCGGUCAAGGCGGCGUCAACCUGGACAGCAGCUGGCAACAAUAUCUGGUCUCGACAUCCUUGAUCGUCUGCGGCAUCCUCUCCGCCAUCCAAAUCACUCGUUUCCACAUCUGGAAGACCCCGUACUAUAUUGGAACAGGCCUGAUCUCAGUUGUGGGCACUUCCUUCGCCAUCAUCCCAGUCGCCACCGGCGCUUUCUCACAGAUGUACUCGAACGGCUUCUGUCCUGUCGGGGCGGAUGGAACAAAAUUACCGUGUCCAGACGCUUAUGGCGCUCUGAUCGGCACGUGCGCUGUCUGUGCCUUGACUGAAAUCGCGCUCUCAUUCCUGCCACCUAAAAUCCUCAAGAAGAUUUUCCCUCCCAUUGUCACUGGUCCGACGGUCAUGCUGAUUGGUGUCUCUCUGAUUGAAACUGGCUUCAGCGAUUGGGCUGGCGGUAGUGGCUCGUGCUCGGCCCGACCGCAAGAUGGCUUCUUCAGGCUUUGCCCGGACAUUGCUGCUCCUCACGCCCUGCCCUGGGGAAGCGCCGAGUUCAUCGGUCUCGGAUUUCUUGUCUUUGUCACCAUCAUCCUCUGCGAACGGUUCGGAUCGCCCAUCAUGAAGUCCACCAGCGUCAUUCUGGGUCUCUUGACCGGCUGCAUCGUCGCCGCUGCGUGCGGAUACUUUGACCGCUCGGGCAUCGACUCCGCGCCCGCUGCGAGUUUCAUUUGGGUCAAGACGUUCAAGCUCACUGUGUACGGACCACUGGUGCUGCCCAUCAUGACGGUCUUCAUCAUCUGCGCAUGCGAGGCGAUUGGUGACGUGACUGCCACCUGCGAUGUUUCAAGACUGGAUGUCGAGGGUCGAGAAUUCGAGUCGAGGAUUCAAGGUGGUGUGCUGGCCGAUGGGCUCAACGGUUGUCUGGCGGCCCUGAUGACCAUCACGCCCAUGUCGACGUUCGCACAGAAUAACGGCGUGAUUGCGUUGACGAGGUGUGCGAAUAGAAGGGCCGGGUAUUGCGCUUGCUUUUUCCUGAUCAUCAUGGGUCUCUUUGCGAAAUUCUCCGCCGCCCUGGUGGCCAUCCCAUCGCCCGUUCUUGGAGGCAUGACGACGUUCCUGUUCUGCGCCGUCGCGGUCAGCGGUAUGGCGAUUGUCAGUCGCGUGCCGUUCAAUCGACGGACGAGGUUCGUCUUGACGGCGAGUCUGGCUGUCGGGUACGGUGCGACGUUGGUGCCGACCUGGUUCAGCUAUGUGUUCACGUAUGAAGGGAACAACCACGCCUUGAGGGGCUUCUAUGACGCGAUCGUUUUGGUCAUGGAGACCGGCUUCGCGGUCACAGCCUUUGUGAGCAUGAUUUUGAACUUGGUCCUGCCGGAGGAGAUCGAGGACACGCCGCAGGAGGUCGCGGAGGAUGAGGCCGCGACGCAGGGCAAGCCUUCUGUCGCGUCGAGCUCAAUGGACCAUGAUGAGAUCACCAAGGCUGAGAUGCCUUCCAAAGAGGCUGUAUAGAUCAAACUGAGGAGGACGUGACGAGACGAACGUAGACGAUCGAUACCCACGGUGCAUUAAUGGGAAAAGUGAAUAUUACUAGCAUAUCUGUACAGAGCGACCCUUUCAAUCGAGCUCUUCCUGUAACUUCCUUCAGACUUAC